AUGCCCAUCCUUGCUUCAUUAGCUAGCUCGUGGCUUGGUCUUCCUGCCUCUGACAGCAAGCCCACGCCUCAACAGGACCAGGAAACAACAUUUACUCCAGCCCCUCAGACUCCACCAAAAAAUGCGCCUAUCUCAUCCUCAGAAUCAACUCCAUCAGCUUCACAAAUCAUAUCGAGACCAACACCUUACCAAUCAACAUGGGAACGCUCAUUUAGACAAUUCGGCCUGUUGCUCACCGGAGCAGGCUUUCUUGCCGCAUCAGUAGCCGUGUCUCGCCGCUCAGUGCUACGGAUGCGUCAGAGCUCGUUCCCCAAGUUUUACUCUUCCAACCGGGCCCCUGCGAAGAUUGAUUCGGCAGAGCGGUCCCUACUCGCUGUCCAGGCCCUCGGACUUGCUACCCUAAAUGUCAUGAGCUUUGGCGUUAUGCUGAUUGGAGGGAUUUCCUGGGCCUUUGAUCUCUCAUCCAUCGCAGAAUUAAGGGAGCGAACUCAAGCAGCUGUUCGCAGGCCCGGGUCAGUGAAUCCCGAGGACGAGAAGGCGAUGGAAGAGCUCAUGGAUGAGCUCAUGGGCAAGCUUGGAAUGGAAAAGCCCCAGAAACCUUCAGGUGCCUUGGAAGAGGAUGAAAAAUGA